AUGGCGCCAUACCCGCAAGCGGGCCCCACGGGCACCGACUUCACCAGCGUGGGCGUCCAGGACAUGAUGAAGCUGUACUACUCUCGCCUCUUCCCCACCCAAGAGAUGGCCAAGUGGCUGGCAUACGGAAACGACAGCAAGCACCCACAGAGCGACCCCUCCUUCUUCCCACGCCGCGAGUUCUGCUUCACGCUGGAUGGCGACAUCUUUGGCGGCGCUGAGCUGGCGGCGGCGCUCAAGGACCGCUGCCCUUCCAAGCUGGACAUAGGGCCUGUGUACAAUGUGGAGCCGCAGCGGCGGGCAGCCUACCAGAACUCCGCCCAGGGCUUUGUGCCCGUGGAGCGGGAGCUGGUGUUCGACAUUGACCUUACUGAUUACGACGAUGUGCGCACGUGCGGCCAGGGCGGCCACAUCUGCACCAAGUGCUGGCCCCUCAUGGCCGCAGCCAUCCAGAUUCUGGACCAGGGCCUGCGCCGCGACUUUGGCUUCCGACACAUCCUCUUCGUCUUCUCCGGCCGCCGAGGCGUGCACUGCUGGGUGUGCGACGAGAGGGCUCGCAAGCUGAGCGAUGAGCAGCGGUCUGCCAUUGCCAGCUACUUUGCGGUGUACAAGGGGCAAGAGCGGGGCGUGGCCAAGCUGGUGCUGACGUCUGACGACCACCCGGCUAUUGCGCGCGCCUAUGCGCUGCUCAGGGAGGCGUUUGAGGAGCGCAUCCUGCCACAGCAGCAGCUGCUGGAGGAGGAGGAGGUGCGCAAGGCGGUACUGGCGUACCUUCCCAACGACGCAAUACGGAGUGCGGUGCGGCAGCGGUGGCAGGGCGUGCACGGCAGCGAGGCGCGGUGGGAGGCGCUGAAGGAGGAGGUGGAGGCGGAGGCGCAGGCGCUGGAGCGGGGCAAGAAAGGGUGGGAGGCGCGGGCGAUGCGGCGGUCGCUCAAGGCGGUGGUCUUUGCCUGCGCCUACCCUCGCCUGGACAUGGAGGUGUCCAAGAAGAUGAACCACCUGCUCAAGGCGCCCUUUUGUGUGCACCCCAAGACGGGCAAGGUGUGCGUGCCUGUGAGGCCGGAGGAGGCUUAUGAGUUUGACCCAGACACCGUCUGCACCGUGGGCGGCCUGCUGAACCAGCUCAACAGCAGCGGCAGCGCGGCGGCGCAGGGCGAGGAGCCGUGGCGGGCCACAGACAUGGGGCUGGCGGUGGACACCUUCCGGCAGUGCCUCCUGGAUGGUCUGCAGGAGGAGGUGAGGGCGGGACUGGCGCGCAAGUCGCGGGCGGCGGCGGCGGCGGCGGAAGCCGGCCUGGCCUUCUGA